AUGGCAGUUGAAAGUGACAAUGUCUUGGAAACAACCUUUGAUGAACUACGAUCAGUGGAAGAUCCAAGAAUUACCUUCCAAGUAGAGUUUUAUGGUGAGCAGGCUGAAGAUAUUGGAGGUCCAAGAAAAGAGUGGAUCAGGCUUUUCAACCAACAGAUCAAGGCAAAAUAUUUUGAUCAUGGACUUAAGGAACACUUAGCAGAGGAUUACUAUUUUGUAGGGCAGAAGACUGCAAUUGCCCUUUUACACAAUGGGCAGGCACCAAGCUAUUUUUCUGAAGAACUGUUGAACGACAUUUUUGUUAGUGAUGAAUUAGCAAGUUCAAAGUGUGUUUUGAAGCUUCUUCAAGGACUAGAUACUCUUGGAAUUGACAUGUUUGCCCGAAAGUUCCCAAUGUUCCUUUACCUGCUUAGACCACCCCAAAACAAUGCCAAAUUGACAGUUCCACUUAUCCUUCAUCUCCUUAAACCCACGCUCUCGGAGGAAGGCUCUAACAGUCUAAAGUAUGAGAAAUCUGUUUAUAGUAAGUUUGUCAAGUACCUGCGAGAUGUGGCAAGUGGGCGUAGAGUGACCACAUUGGAAAACAUCUUGGAAUUUGUCACAGGAGCAAGUGAAGAGCCACUGUUGGGCUUUACCCAACAACCAAUCAUUCAUUUUAUAGUUCCCUAUGUGCCCGCAAAAGAGACUACAGAAGACAACAUCAGUGAAGAACAGGUAAACAAUACUAUGUAAAUGAUGACUAUUGUGUUAGCCACUCCAAGCUUAUGGGUGGUGUCACCAGACCUGCAAAUGUGAUCACCAAGCCUUUUUUUGAAUUGUAAAUUAUAGUUAUGAAGUUUCAAAGCAGAUUAGCGGUAAAGUAUUUUGAAAAAUUAGUGCAACAAAUUUUGAGCACAAAGGAGUCUUAUUUUCCAUUGUCUGUGCUCUUAUCAACCACAGAAAUGACACUGAAACGUUCAAAAUUUUGUGGAAUCCUAUGGUGUGAUCACACUGUAGCCAGUAUAGAGGCAGCCUAAAAAUGGCGACAAUGGCUUCACAUUAAAAAAACACUUUCUCUGGUACAAAAUUAAUAUUUAUCUGCCACACCCCUGGUUAUGGCUCAAAAAGGUCCUGUUUAGUAGUCCGGGACAACUAGAUUGUCGUACUUGUCCUAUUGGCAAGGGCCUGGCAAGUCAUCUUCCAACUAAAUCGUAACCUCAAGCACUCAUUCGAUGACCUCAAGCUAGCAAAAUGUGAGAACGGCUUCUUCAAACAAAAAGCUGGAAUUCAAGUUUUUUGAAGUGCUGCUACAUGUAUUACUGUUUGUUUUCCAGUACAUGUAUAUGAGAUUUUUGAUUGCUCAACAGUCAUUUUCACUCUGUUAUUUUUUCCAGGGUACACAAAAGAAAAGGAUCACUACUGAUUUCUUGCCUAAGGCCCAUACUUGUUCUAAUACUUUACAUUUACCAAGAGGAACCCCAAACCUCCCUCUGCCAGCAGACAAAGAAUUGUUCAAACUUUAUGACUAUGCUUUCAAGAAUUCAUAUUUUGGGGUUGUCUAA